AUGCGCCUCACAGGUGAAGAUGCUGCUGAUGAACCAUAUAAAGAGCGUCCGAGAAUUGGUCAAGCAGUUGACCAAUUUGACAAUGAGAGACGAGUGCGCAUUCUCGGGAUCAUAGAUAGACUACGUGAACUUGGAGUGAGCGAGAAUGUUUCUCUGCCUCAGCUUGUUGUGGUAGGAGACCAGUCAAGUGGAAAGUCAUCCCUCCUAGAAGGUCUGACUGGCAUAUCAUUUCCGGUUGCGAGUGAUCUCUGCACACGUUUUGCAACGCAAAUUGUGCUUCGACGUGCUCCAGAAGAUGCCGCCGGAGUCAAGAUCAGAAUAAUCCCUGGACCCUCCGCUCAGGCGGACGAGGCAGCGAAGGCUCGACUUCUUGGCUUUGAGCGAGAGUUAUCUGCCUCUGAAUUUGACAAUCAAAAAUUUCUGGCUAUCUUUGAUGAAGCGGCAGAAAUCAUGGGUAUACCAGGCCCAAAGUCGGAAAAGCUGGACGACCUUGAGAAAAGAUUUUCUGAUGACAUUUUGAAAAUCGAGCUAUCCGGCCCAGAGCAUCACCAUCUUAGCGUUGUUGACGUUCCCGGCUUAUUCCACAACCCUACCAAGUACCAGACAGAAGAAGAUCGCGCUAUUAUCAGAAAGCUCAUUGAAAAUUAUAUCACGGACAAACGGACGAUCAUCCUCGCUGUGAUGGAUGCGAGAAACAAUCUGGCAAACCAGGAAGUGUUCUCAAUGGCACGAGCUGCGGAUCCCGCUGGUCAACGGACUGUUGGUAUUGUCACGAAAUGUGAUGCACUACAGGCCGGAGAGGAACAAGGCGUGCUACGUAUCGCCAAGAAUGAAGUUGAAAAGUUGAACCAUGGGUGGUUUGCUGUGAAAAAUCGAUCGGCUCAAGAAAUCAAGGAAGGAGCAUUGAAGACUUUCCUUGGAGGGUUACUUUACGAUCACAUUCGAAAUGAAUUUCCGGGACUGGUUAAGGAUAUCGAGGAGCUUUCGUCAAGCACGCAGAAGGAAUUGGAGCUGCUUGGGCCGUCGCGCCAAACAACCGCAGAUCAACGACGAUAUUUAACGCGUAUCGCAACCAAUUAUGAACGAGAAGUUCGGAGUGCGCUGAGCGGUAAUUAUGAUCCCAACCUCGAGGCUAGCAGUCCCCUCAAGCUUCGUAUGCAUAUCCAAAGAUUAAAUGGGGCAUUUGCAUCAGAUAUGGCACGCUUAGGACAUUUGAAAAUAUUUCGUACCGUUGCAGGGAGCGUUGACAAAGAAUUCAACUAUCCAGAAAGCGACCAGGAAAAUAUAUAUGAAUGGAUUCGAGGGCUUUAUCUAGAUUCUCGAGGGUCUGAAUUGCCUGGAACGGUUAAUCCUAUCGUCCUCGAGAAUAUGUUUCGACAACAAUCCCGUCCGUGGGAACGUAUUGCUGUUGCAUACCUCGACAAAGUCCAGCUUGCUGUGGAUGCUUUCAACAAAUCAGUAUUUGCAUCGUUGAUAUCUGAUGAUGAUGUGCAACUAAAACUCAAAGGUCGACUGUGCAGAGGUGCAUCAAGCUUUUCGAACCGCGUACGGAUGCAGCUGUCGGAAAUUCUCAAAGAUGAAAGAGGAGGUAUUCUGCAGACCGUCAAUCAUUACUUCGCAGACAAUUUGACUGCCAAUCGUGAGGAACGAGUCCUUCACAGAAUGCAAGCGCUGGGUACCAAGGAUGGUCAAUUGAUGAACAUGGCCCAGGUGAUGAAGGGUGUCCACAUCAGCAACGAAGAUCAAGCGGUCAACGACAUCCACGACAUGCUCAAGGCCUACUAUAAAUUGGCCCUCAAACGCUUCACGGACAAUGUUGUGAUACAAGUGACUGAACGAAUCAUUCUAGGUCCGGAUGGCCCGGUGAAAAUACUGUCGCCAGACUUCGUUGGAGACCUGCAAGACAAUGACCUUGUGGACAUUGCUGGUGAAAAUUUUGCAACCUCCAGCUUGAGGAACGAGUUGCUUGGCAAAUGCGAGAGAUUCCAGAAUGCAUUGGAGAUUGCUAGACAGGAAACUAUAUAA